CGACUACUGCUUCCGGGGCAGCUCCGUGCGAGCCGCGAUUGCGGUACUCGCCUCUCUCGGUUCGCGUGGAGCGAUGCUUUCCCCGGCAAUGAGCUUCCUCAAAAGCUUCCCGCCGCCUGGGUCGGCCGACGGGCUCCGGCUGCAGCAGCCAGACACCGAGGCUGUGCUGAACGGGAAGGGGCUCGGCACCGGCACGCUUUACAUCGCGGAGAGCCGCCUGUCCUGGUUAGAUGGUUCGGGAUUAGGAUUCUCACUGGAAUACCCCACCAUUAGUUUACAUGCGGUGUCCAGGGAUCCAAACGCUUACCCUCAAGAGCAUUUGUAUGUUAUGGUGAAUGCCAAGCUUGGAGAAGAAUCAAAAGAACCUCUCUCUGAUGAAGAUGAGGAAGACAAUGAUGAUGUUGAACCCAUUUCUGAAUUUCGAUUUGUGCCCAGUGAUAAGUCAGCAUUGGAGGCGAUGUUCACAGCAAUGUGUGAGUGCCAGGCCUUGCAUCCAGACCCUGAGGAUGAAGACUCGGACGACUAUGAUGGAGAGGAGUAUGAUGUGGAGGCACAUGAACAAGGACAAGGGGACAUCCCUACAUUUUAUACCUAUGAAGAAGGACUAUCCCAUUUAACAGCGGAAGGGCAAGCCACGUUGGAGAGAUUAGAAGGGAUGCUUUCUCAGUCUGUGAGCAGCCAAUAUAAUAUGGCAGGCGUCCGAACAGAAGACUCAGUAAGAAAUUAUGAAGAUGGCAUGGAGGUGGAAACCACACCAACUGUUGCCGGACAGUUUGAGGAUGCAGAUGUGGAUCACUGAGGAUGGCUGACCUACUAUACAAUUCUGCUCAUAACUGUAGGCAAGAACGUGGUGCCUCUUCACUCCAGAAUGGGGCUGGUGAAAGGCAUUUUUCUUCUCCAAAACUCAUUUCUCAAGUCAAACUAUAAUGAGACAGCAAGCUGUCACCAGCAGAAGAGACUAUGUAUGACCUCUAUUAACAAAGGUGAAUUAACUGAACGGGUAUUUGUAGUUUCUCAUUUCCCCCAAGCUUCCUGUGUAUGUUCUGAGAAGGCCUCUGAGUCCUGCCUUUGCUGUGUGCGUCUGUCAGCUGCAAGAUUCGCCUAUGUGGUGAAAUGCACAGAGCUCACACUGGGCGGAAGGGACGUGCGGAAGCUUAGAUGUCUCUGGGAUUCAGGAGAACUCUUAUCCCUGAGAUUAAAAAGCAGAGGCCUCAGAGGGAGCAGCCGCUAGCAUUUUCCACAGAGGCAUGGGUCCUCUACUUGGGGCUCAGCCACAUCUCGCAAUACUUGUGUGCUAGCUUCUGUUAUUCUUCAUGUACCAUCAGCUCUGUUAUGUUCUCCUAGGUUAGGUCCUUGACUGUCCACCCUCUUAACGUUCGCUUUCUGUCACAGAAUAAAUAAUCUGAAAUGAAGUCUGCAAAGUACUCUCAAUGAUAUUUUGUCUUUGUAAUAGUUAACAAAUAAAUCUGGGUUUUUUUCUAUAUCGCUGUGAUUUUGCUCUUGAGUAAAACCAUUAAUGAGAAAAGACUAAGAUAUUUAAAUUGUACAUGUAUGUGUGUUUUGCCUGCGUACAUCAUGUGCGUGCCUGGUGCCCAUGGAGGUCUGAAGAAGGUGUUGGAACCACAGGAACUGGAGUUCCAGUUGUUUAUGAACGGCCGUGAGGAUGCUGGAAACUGACGCUAGGUCCUCUGCAAGAGCAGCAAGUAUUCUUAACUGCUGAGCCCUCUCUCCAGCCCAGCACUUGCUGCUCUUUUAGAGGAGCUGGAUUCAGUUCCUCUGCUUCUGUGUUGGGCAGCUCACAGCUGCUAUAUGCUGCUGGCUUCCAGGGAUCUCAAUAGCCUCUUCUGGUUUCCUCAGCUACACAUGCAAAUGCAGACAGACGCCCAUACACAUAACAAUAGUAACGUUUUAAAGUCCUGCGGGGGCGAGGGGUGUGAAUUAGUUGGUGGAGCUGGUCUAGCUGCAUGAAGCCCUGGGUUUAGUCCCUACCACUUUAUAAGCUUGGCCUGGUUGCAUAUGCCUAUAAAUUCCAGUACUCAGGAGGUGGAGGCAGGAGGAUCAGAAAUUCGAGGUCAUCCUCAGCUAAGUAGCACAUGAGCACAGAAACAAAAUACUAGUACUGAGGGGAGCUUUGGUGGAGGAGACCGUCUCUGUGUGGAGCCCAUGCUGGCCUGGAGUUUACAGAAAUCUGCCUGGCUCUGCUCUCCUACUGCUGGACUUGAAGGCAUGUGCCACCAUGCUCAUUUUUACUUUUAAUUAUAUAUAUGCGUGUGGGUCUGUGCACAUGAGUGCAGGUGCCUACGGGAUCACAGAGGGUCCAGAUCCCCUGGGCCUGGGCUAUUUGAUGUUUUGGGGAACUGAACUUGGGUCCUCUUAAUACUCUUAGCGGUUUAACACUGAGCCCCAUCUGCCUUAUUUCUUGCUAUGAGGUUAACUCACUGAACCUGGACUGGCUGACCAGCAAGCUCCAGGCAUCUUCUGUCUUCCAGGCCCUCCGUUGACACUACUCCUCUCAACAUUGAAAGUAUAGACACUGCCCCACUAUUGCUUGAGUGGUAGGAGCCAAACUCAGGUCCUUACAUUUGCAAGGAAGGCAAUCUAUAAACUAAACCAGUGCCCCAGCUCAAUUUUAGUUCCAUUUGUUGGGAUGUGUAUGCUUCUAGCAAGUCUUUCUUUUUUUUUUUUUAAAGAUUUAUUUAAAGAUUUUAUGUGAGUCCACUGUAGCUGUACAGAUGGUUGUGAGCCUUCAUGUGGUUGUUGGGGAUUGAAUUUUUAGGACCUCUGCUUGCUCCAGUCUACUCCACUCGCUCAGUCCCUGCUUGCUCCAGCCAAGUACUUACUAUGCAUAGGUACACUGUAGCUGACUUCUAACGCACCAGAAGAGGGCGUCAGAUCUCAUUCCGGGAGGUUGUGAGCCACCAUGUGAUUGAACUCAGGACCUAUGGAAGAUCAGCCAGUGCUCUUACACGCUGAGCCAUCUCACUAGCCCCUAGCAAGUCUUUCAUAAGGGGAGUCUUAAAACAUAAAGACCUUGCUGAUGCUGCCUGGAUUGGGAGUAGUUUUUAAGUUCAUCAGCCCUCACUAUAGAGUUUCCAUAGGCACCUGGGUAUUCAUAAGGCUGAAUUUCGUAGUUCUAGACUUAGGCCCUUUUUUGUUAUUGUUUUUGAGACAUUAUGUAUCUCUGACUGGUCUAGAACUCACAGAGAUCUACCUGCCUUGGUCUCCCAAGUCUUGGGAUUAAAGGUGUGUACCUGGACUUUCUGUGGCCUUUGAAAGAAGGUUCUAUGCACAAUUUGGAGCUGUCAGCCUGAUUAGCUGCUAGGUCCUGCUGACAGCCUCAGGCCCGUGGUUGUUGUAGCAGUUUUUCAUUGAGUUUCUCAUCUUGCAGAAUAAGU